UGUUGAUGUUUUGACAGGAGCACCCUGUGUUGUUGUGUGUUCGAACCCCCCAGACAUGUUGAACUCACUGCGGGUUGUGUGCUCAGCCCGAGCUCUGGUGAGGACGAGCCGGGUUUCUGCUGCGGGUCCGGGACACAGUUUGUCCACAUGGCUCUGCAGCACGGACACCAGAGCCCCGGUGAAGGACAGAGGACUGAGUUACCACACGAAUCCACCUCAUUCACAGAGGAACUUCUGCACGCGUCAGGUCGAGCUGAACUGCUGGAAGUGUCAGCAGCCUCGAGGCAAAGCUCCUUCGUUCUUCUGCAUGUCAUGUGAAGCGGUGCAGCCCCCAGAAGAAGGGAUGUCUUACUUCGAGAUCAUGGCUUGCGACCACACUUUCACUGUGGAUGCACAAAAGCUGCAGAGAAGAUACCUGCAGCUCCAGAGGGCCCUGCAUCCAGACAACUUCUGCCAGAAGUCUGUGACGGAGCAGGAGUUUUCAGAAAGCCAAUCGUCUCUCGUGAACAAAGCUUACACAACUCUGCUUAAGCCUUUGAGUCGUGGCCUUUAUAUGAUUAUUGACAUGCAUUUAGAGGAGCCUGAUGAACUCCCACCCCCUAUGUUUCAGCUGGAGCUGCAGGGGAUGCGUAUAGAGGAGGGCACCGACUCUGGGGCUGAUUCUGAGUUUCUGUUGGAGCUGAUGGAGAUCAAUGAAGCUCUUGAUGAGGCACGGACUCCAGAGGAAGCCAAUAAGAUCGGCCAAGACACGAAAGGGAAACUGGCAGACUUGACAGAGCGGAUAGACGCUGCCCUUCGUAAAGCGGAGCUCCAGACUGCCAGAGCUCUUCUCUCCCAAAUGAAAUACCACGCAAACAUCGCAGAGAAAGUGAAGGAGAAACUUCGGGAAUUCAUGUAAUUUCUACCCUAUAUUAAACAUUGUUUUAUAUUUUUAGUCACUUUUGUACAGAAUGCACAGAUCGUUGUGUGUAUAUAUAUAUAUAUAUAUAUAUACCUGAGAUUAUGUAAAGUGAUUAUUUAAGUUAAAUUAAAACACC